CUCUCUCUCUCUCUCAAUCUGUGCCUCUGCCGGUUUCUCAUGUCAUCAUGAGCUGCUGAGCAGACGUCUGACCCCCAGGACUACGCAGGCGUGAGACAGAAGAGCAGCGCGGCACCUCACCAGCGCGUGGAGGAGAGCAGCCACAGGUACAGAUGAAGGAUGGGGUCUGGAGAGAGCCACGAGACGUUACACUGUAACCGCUACCUGGACAACAAGGGUCCCCCAUCACUGGAGCACCAAGCGAAAAACGCUGUCAACGGGACUCAUGACAGUGUCCAGCCGCAUGGACAGAUGACCUGGGUGGUUCUCCACAGGGAGCUGCCUGGAUACCCUGACGACAACACCCUGCAGAUCAGCUUCAUCUUCAAGGAUGGGAUACAGACAGUGAGACACCCUCAUCCCGGCCAGCCGUAUUCGGGCGUGCGGAUCUGCGCCUACCUGCCCGACAACAACGACGGCAAGAAGGUUCUAAAGCUUCUGCAGAAAGCCUUCUACCAGCAGCUCGUGUUCACUGUGGCCACAAACUCAGAGGGACAGGACGAGAUCACUACAAGCACCAUCCCCCUGAAAACUCAGCAGGACGGAGGAAGCAGAGUAGGUGGAUACCCGGACCCCGAGUACCUGAAGACUGUGAAGAAGCUGCUGAAGGAGAAAGUCAUCGAAUAAGAUGCAACACCCUUAGUCACUCAACGGAGAGAUGAAGAAAACCUGAAGAGAGAACACACACACACACACACACACGCACACACACACGCACGCACGCACGCACGCACGCACGCACGCACGCACGCACACACACACACACACACACACACACACACACACACACACACACACAUACCAUGAAAAUGUAUUUUAUUGUAUUACCACAAUUCACACACUUUAAAUGCAUGCAAACUUUUUUAGAGUUGGACUAUUUAAUGAUUUAAAGGAUCGCUGGAGUUACACACUUAUUUAAUUCUGAUUGUUUUGUACAUCAUAAUCAAAACAGUCAAUAAAGAUCUUUUUUUUCAAUACUGA